GGCACUCCAAGAGAGAGCAUCACCAAGCAACGUGAAAUCAUGUCUCCCAACAUUGCUUCUGAAACUGUCGAGUACUCUCCAAGAAUGACCGUUGCAAAAAGAAAAGAAGCUAGUGAACUGAGAAAGACUCUCAAGCCUUUGAUGGAGAAACGCAGACGCGCUCGCAUCAAUGAAAGUCUCAACCAGUUGAAAACACUGAUCCUUCCUCUGAUUGGCAAAGAUAAUUCCCGAUAUUCCAAACUGGAAAAGGCUGACAUUUUGGAAAUGACAGUUCGGUUCCUAAAAGAUAUUCCCAGCACCCCUGUUCAAAAUGCAGCUGAUAGCUUCAGAGAAGGAUACAAAGCCUGUCUUCAACACGUAUCCAGUAUACUGCCCAACACCAAUCUGUUGGACAAAGAAACGUCACAGCGUGUAAACGAAUACAUCCAGAGUUCUAUGGCAUCGCCUGCAGACACCCCGAGCUGCCAGAACUGCAGUGGGCAAAGCCCCCUCGCCAGACCUCAGAGGAGUGAAAGCGUGGUGUGCCUGAACCCAACCGCAAGAGGCUUGAGGACAGAGACCACUUCAAACCUCAACGGUCACCCCAUCAACCGAGUCCAGCCGGUGCCACAGCCCCACGACGUCCGCAUGUGGAGACCUUGGUAGAAAACAAAAAGGACUGAACAUCUGUAAAAUAUAUACAUAUGUAAAAAAAAAUAA